ACACGGAAAUACAGUGUGGUUAGAAUGACGUCAACCUUGAGUUGCUGAUGCAGAUGUCAACUAUUUGCACGAUAGCUGAUUUGAUAUUCAUAGCGAAAUUACUCACAAUUUAGACACAUACCUAGCUAUCUAGGUAGUGCUCCAUAUAUUCCGUUUUCCGAUCUAUGGAGUUUUUGCAGUUUCUAUCAUGGGCGUGCAUCGUAUUUACAGUCGGGAUGUUCUCGACUGGACUGACGGACCUGAAGAAGAUGAGCGCUUCCAAAAGUGCAGAUAACGUCCAGUUCCUCCCCUUCCUCACCACAUGCCUCAAUAACCUGGGCUGGCUGUAUUAUGGGAUACUGAAGACGGAUGGGACUCUGGUCCUGGUUAACACCAUAGGAGCCUGUCUACAGUCCCUCUACAUCCUCUGCUACUGCCACUACACCAAUGACAAGAGGCGAGUGACCUCUCAGACGUUCCUAGCAGGAGGAGUGGUCUGUGGAGGCUGGCUGUACUUCAGUGUUGUCCUGCCUCAGGGAGAGUCUCAGCUGGCCCAGCUAGGUCUCACCUGCAGCCUGUUCACUAUCAGCAUGUACCUGAGUCCACUCGCUGACCUGAUGGAGAUAGUGCGUACUGGUAGUGUGGAGCGUUUGUCCUUCUCUUUGACUGUAGCUACCUUCCUCACCUCAACAUCCUGGACGCUCUAUGGACUACAGCUGCAAGACUACUAUAUCAUGGUUCCAAACACGCCAGGCAUUGUGACCAGUCUCAUCCGGUUCUUCCUGUUCUGGAGAUUUGCAUCUGCCAAUCAAGGCAUGCCAUCCUAUAAACUUAUCGAAAUCUAAGUGGCUGGAGACUCACACCAAUGGUUUCAAGGGAGAGCGAUAACAGGCUUCUUGACCCUAUCAUGGUCAGGCUGUCAAUCACUGAUAUUGUUACUCAUAUUGUAAAUGAUUCAUGAUCACUCCUACCCACCAAGGGUUUAAGAAGACUUUCUCCUCUCAAGGCAGAAGCUGUCCCUAAUCACAGAUCUAGGAUCAGAGUACCCUAGCAAUGGGGGAUGAAAAAUGAUGAAUAAAUAUCUGACCCUGUAUCAGUGGUUAGGGGCAUCUUCCUCAUCGUUCUCCCUCCACCACUUCCUUUUUGUGCUUUCUGUCCUAAUCUGGGACAUCAUUACUGCCACCUGAGAACUCAAACAUGGGCGGGACAGUCCUGCCCUGUCAAUCACAGUAGUCUCUGUUACCCAGUGGGAGGUUUUAUGCUCAGCAUCAAUGCGCUGCUAUUGGUUGAAUCGCUCUAACUAACAGGGCAGGAUGAUCCUGCCUCUAGUGGGGUUUGAGACCCCUCACCUUUAUAGUUGACUUGUGAACUAGGGGUGAACAACUGUUCCUGGUAGCCACAGUAUCUGCUGGGUUGUCCUUCUCUUUUAACUAGACUGAUGUACAGUGCAUUUAGAAAGUUUUCAGACCCUUUGAGUUUUUACACAUUUUUGUUACGUUACAGCCUUAUUCUAAAAUGUAUGAAAUUGUUUAUUUUCCUCAUCAAUCUACACACAAUACCCCAUAAUGACAAAGCAAAGAGGAUUAAUUUGUUUCAUUUUGUACAUUUAUAAAAAAAAAAUGUAAAUAUCACAGUUACAUAAGUAUUCAGACCCUUUACUCAGUACUUUGUUGAAGCACCUUUGGUUGCGAUUACAGCCUCGAGUCUUCUUGGGUAUGACGCUACGAGCUUGGCACAUCUGUAUUUGGGGAGUUUCUUCCAUUCUUCUCUGCAGAUCUUCUCAAACUCUGUCAGGUUGGAUGGGAACGUUGCUACACAACUACUUUCAGGUCUCUCCGGAGAUGUUAGAUCGGGUCCUGACUAGUCUCCCAGUCCCUGCUGCUGAAAAACAUCCCCACCGCCUGAUGCUGCCACCAUCAUGCUUCACCGUAGGGAUGGUGCCAGGUUUCAUCCAGAUAUGAUGCUGCCACCACCGUGCUUCACCGUAGGGAUGGUGCCAGGUUUCAUCCAGAUAUGAUGCUGCCACCACCGUGCUUCACCGUAGGGAUGGUGCCAGGUUUCAUCCAGAUAUGAUGCUGCCACCACCGUGCUUCACCGUAGGGAUGGUGCCAGGUUUCGUCCAGAUAUGAUGCUGCCACCACCAUGCUUCACCGUAGGGAUGGUGCCAGGUUUCAUCCAGAUAUGAUGCUUGGCAUUCAGGCCAGAAGUGGCUUCUGUCUAGCCACUCUACCAUAAAGGACUGAUUAAUGGAGUGCUGCAGAGAUGGUUGUCCUUCUGGAAGUUUCUCCCAUCUCCACAGAGGAGCUCUGUCAGUGUUCUUGGUCAGGGAGGUGACCAAGAACACUGACAGAGCUCCUCUGUGGAGAUGGGAGAAACUUCCAGAAGGACAACCAUCUCUGUCACCUCCCUGACCAAGGCCCUUCUCCCCUGAUUGCUCAGUUUGGCCUGUCGGCCAGCCCUAGGAAUAGUCUUGGUGGUUCCAAACUUCUUCUAUUUAAGAACGAUGGAGGCCACUGUGUUCUUGGACCUUCAAUACUGCAGAAAUGGUCUGAUACCUUUCCCCAGAUCUGUGUCUCAACACAAUCCUGUCUCGGAGCUCUAUGGACAAUUCCUUCGACCUCAUGUCUUGGUUUUUGCUCUGACAUGCACUGUCAACUGUGGGACCUUAUAUAGACAGGUGUGUGCAUUUCCAAAUUAUGUCCAAUCAAUUGAAUUUAUAGCAGAUGGACUCCAAUCAAGUUGUAGAAACAUCUCAAGGAUGGAAACUGGAUCAAUGGAAACAGGAUGCACCUGAGCUUAAUUUCGAGUCUCAUCGCAAAGGGUCUGAAUACUUAUGUAAAUAAAGGUAUUUCUGUUUUUUAUAGAUUUGCAAAAAUGUAUCUAAACCUGUUUUCUCUCUGUCAUCAUGGGCUUUUGUUUAAGCUUGGUGAGGAUUAUUAUUUUAUUUUUAAAAUCCAUUUUAGAAUGAGGCUGAAUAAUACUUUCUGAAAGCACUGAAUACCUGGAUAAGCAGACGUCUAAGGUCACCUGGAUAACCAGACGUCUAAGGUCUCGACUCGCUAGUUAAUCAGUUAUAUGAAUGGAUCAGUUAAGUACCACGGAGAGAUGAAGAGGCUCCUAGUAGUACUAGUACUAGUGCUCCUAGUAGUACUAGUUGUAGCUGGGGUGUAGAGCACUCAGUUGUCCAUCCCUACUAGGGUUGCCAAACUCCAGGAACUUGUUUUUCCAGACAUCCUGGUUGGAGGAUUCACAGAAUCUGAAGGGAAUAAGAAGGAGAUCUGGAGCCCUCCAAUCAGGAUUUCUGGAAAACCAGGGAAUUUAUUGAAAGUUCCUGGAGUUUUGCAACCCGUUCCCUACUCUAAGCAGACAUGGCAUGUACUCUACAUCAUCGGUACUUGGUCUCUAAAUCCAUGAACUGAGGGAGACUAAGAAUUCCAUUUGUAUUGUGUUUCAUACACAAUGUUUUUAUUUGGAUCGUAUGUCUUCGUGUGCAUGUGCACGUUGUGUUUUUAUUUGGGUCGUAUGUCUUCGUGUGCAUGUGCACGUUGUGUUUUUAUUUGGGUCGUAUGUCUUCGUGUGCAUGUGCACGUUGUGUUUUUAUUUGGGUCGUAUGUGUGCAUGUGCACGUUGUGUUUUUAUUUGGGUCGUAUGUCUUCGUGUGCAUGUGCACGUUGUGUUUUUAUUUGGGUCGUAUGUCUUCGUGUGCAUGUGCACGUUGUGUUUUUAUUUGGGUCGUAUGUCUUCGUGUGCAUGUGCACGUUGUGUUUUUAUUUGGGUCGUAUGUCUUCGUGUGCAUGUGCACGUUGUGUUUUUAUUUGGGUCGUAUGUCUUCGUGUGCAUGUGCACGUUGUGUUUUUAUUUGGGUCGUAUGUCUUCGUGUGCAUGUGCACGUUGUGUUUUUAUUUGGGUCGUAUGUCUUCGUGUGCAUGUGCACGUUGUGUUUUUGUUUUUAUUGGUUUACGUUUGUCCAAACUAAAUAUACUGUAAGUAUAUUGUCUGUGCUCUUGUUGUUGAUGCAUUGGAUUGUGUAUAGGGUAUUCUACAUAUGCUAUUUUAAUAGGAUAUUAUCACUCUGGAAAUAAGGGAGUUGGGGCUUUGCUGCUUCUUCAGACUGAUUGAAUAAAUGUUUUAUACUGUU